UCCUGUCCCUGUGAAGAGUGAAGAUGAUGAAGAGGAAGCUCAGUCCUCACAGCUUCAUCAGAGACAAAGUGAGGAGAACAGAGAAGCAGAACCUCAGUCAGGUUCAAACUCUCUGAAAAAUGAUUCAAGAUGUAUGAAAACAUUUAGCUGCUCGGAAUGUGGGAAAACAUUUGUCUUCAAGUCAUGUCUGAAAAGACACAUGAUGACUCAUACGGGAGAAAAACCUUUCAGCUGCUCUGAGUGCGGGAAAUGUUUUACAGAAAGUGGAACUUUACGGGCACACAUGAAAAUACACACAGGAGAGAAGCCUUUUAGCUGCUCUGAGUGUGACAAAAGAUUUAGCCUCCAUAAACUUCUCAAGUCACACAUGAGAACUCACACAGGAGAGAGACCUUUCAGCUGCUUAUUCUGUGAGCAAUCUUUUGGACAGAGUGGAAAUUUACAGAUACACAUGACCAUUCACACAGGACAGAGGUCAUUUAUCUGCUCCGUAUGUAAGAAAACGUUUAGAGAUAAAGGAAGUUUAAAUAGACACAUGAGAGUCCACAAGGGACAAGAUAGUGUCUGCAAUUCGGGAUUUGGUACUGGUGACAAACCAAUUAGCUGCUCUGAGUGUGGGAGAAGAUUUUGGACCAAUCAAAAUCUGACGAGACACAUGAGAACUCACACGGGAGAGAAACCUUUCAGCUGCUCAAUCUGUAAGAAAUCUUUUACGGAUAGUGGAAAUGUACGGAGACAUAUGAUAACUCACACAAGAGAGAAACCAUUCAGCUGCAGUGUUUGUCACAAAACAUUUGGCUGGCGUCAACUGGUCAAAACACAUAAAUGUGUUGGUCGUCAGUCGUCGCAGCUUCAUCAGAGUCAAACGGAGGAGAACAGAGAGGCAGAGCCUACAGCCAGCAGAGAAACUCAACACAUGGAAAGAGAAUCUGAUGGAGAGGACUGCUGCAUACCUCAGCAGCUCCGAGUCCCAUCAGCGUUUGGGAUCUGCUGGGAUCAGCAGCCGUCUGAGGACACCCGCUGCUGCUCAAAUAUCACAGCAGACCUGGACUGA